CCCUCAAUUUCUCUACUCCCUCUCACCUGAACUUCAUACACAGUCCCCGUAUCCCCACCCUCCAUCUUCUCCUACUGUUUAUUCCACUCACCGCUCAGCCCAUCCUCGAUCUUACUUCAUCGCACCAUCAUGCCCAAUAGCUUGGAAGGCCAAUCUAUCAGACUCGAAGUCAUCAGCGGAAAAUAUCUUCAAGUGCCUUCUGAGCGCGCACCCGCAGGCAUCUACGUAUCCAUCAAUGUUGACUCGAGGAGACGCUGGAAAUCAGCCGUCAAAGUCUUAUCAUCGGACAAAUCUGUAGGAUGGGGCGAUACCGCGACCUUAUCACUGGAUGCUUCAUCCAAAUUGUCACUGGACAUCAGGGCAUCUUUCGAGCUCGAUCGAAUGUUGGGCAAUGGAGAAGUCAUCGGAGAACUCGAAGUGACGUGGGAUGAGCUACUCGAUCACGGAGAUGAGCCUUUCAAUCUCACAUUCCCGCCCGUUCGUGGCGACUGUCCUUCCCUCACGCUAAAGGCCGCUGUUGUACAUUCUUGCGACAAUCAGGGCAGCGCACCGCUUGACUCCGUAGUAGACUGCAAGAUUGGUCGAGACACAGACGCAGGCCACGCCCGAUUUGCCGAAUAUGUUUCAAACGAGAGCGACUCUCACCUUAACGAUGCUGUAGAGCAUUUUCAGUCGGUUCUAGAUCAGUGUCCGGUCGACCAUCCUGACCGUGCAGCGGCUCUCACCAACCUCGCGUGGGUCCGCCUCAAAGGCUACAUUGAAGGGGAUUUUGAAGACAUUGACUCCGUCACUUCCCUCUUCCGCGAAGCCCUUGCAUUGCGUCCGCAGGGCCACCCUGAUCAUCUAUUAUCGCUCUAUUGCCUCGCUGAAGCGCUGACCUCGUGCUACCGCGAGGAGGACACCGCCGUCUAUAUCCACCAAUCCGCGGAACUCUACUGCAAGUUACUGCCCCUCUGUCUAGAGGGCACCUACCUUCGCAGCAUCGCGGCAGGGGCAAAUGGCGUGGAUUAUGUGAUCGAUGAAUGCAACAAUCUUCCAACCGACGCAUCCGAUGAAGGCAUCCACCUCCGACGAAUCGUACUCCAGCUUUGUCCUCCGGGUCAUCAAAACCAUCCAGACGCACUCAACGAGCUUUCAAGUGCUCUCCAAUCACGCUUUCGACAAUGCGGCAGCGUUGAUGACAUAGACGAGAGCAUACGAGUUGGUCGCGAAGCUGUUUCUCUAUGCCCCGAGGAACAUACCAGCCGUGCUGCCUAUUUGAAUAACUUGGGCUACUCACUCCGACUCCGCUUUGAUCACCAACGCAGAUCCCAUGACCUUGACGAAGCCAUCUGUGUAUAUGAAGAAGCGCUGCGCAUGUGCCCUGGGGCGCCCUCCGCGUCCGUUUCAUCCGACGUGGUGAUGUUGAUGACAUUAACGAAGCUAUCAGCCUCCGUCGCGAGGGCACUGAUGUUAAUCCCACCCGGGCAUCCAGAUCAUCACACCGCGCUUCACAACCUUGCUAUCACGCUCAAAAUCAGAUAUGACAAUUUGGAUGUCAGCGAGGAUCUCGACGAGGCCAUCAAUCUUUACCGCGAAUCGCUUCGGUUAACGCGGCUUGACCAUCCAGAGCGUCAUAGAAAUCUCUACAAUUUGAGUUCAGUACUUCGCUCUCGUUUCACAAAAACUCAGAAGAAUGAAGAUAUCGAGGAGGCCAUUCGACUCUGCCAAGAGUCGUUGGAGGCUUUACCUUCACUGCACCCAGAUAGAUAUUUCAGCUACAUGCGCUUGCAGGAAGCCUAUUCGUCUCGUUACCGAGUGCAACGCAAGUCUACUGAUUUGUCACUCGCUGUAGAGAACUUCAAACUAGCAUCACGGCACCCAACUCAAGGAUUUCCAAAUCGCAUUACAACAGCCCAGAAAUGGGUUACUGCAGCAGAGCAGCACAGUCAUACAUCUGCGUUAGAGGCCUACAACACAUGUUUUGACCUUCUUGACAGUCACUUGGCAACGCGAUCGUCGACAAUCUCACGGCGCAAAGCUGCCGCUGCUUUCAGUGGUACCAAAUUGUUGCCUGUAAAUGCAGCAUCAUGUGCCAUCCGCAGUGACAAUCUACGACUUGCAGUCGAACUCGCGGAGCGGGGCCGUGGCCAGCAAUGGUCGCUGGCCUCUCGUCUGAGGAGUCCACUGGAAGACCUCGAGUUGACAAAUUCCAACCUAGCUCGCAAGUUCUCGGAGCUCAGCAAGUGUCUCUCCGAUACUCAAGGUCUCGCAGUCGGCACAGACAGAGCUGCCGUUGAUCGAGCAGAAACACGGUAUAGGAAACUCACGGAGCAGUGGGGAGCUACGGUAACUGAAAUCCGCGAUAUUGAAGGUUUCUCGCGAUUCCUGGUCCCACCUUUGUACGAAGACUUGCAAGCAGCAGCGCGCCAGGGCCCGGUCAUCAUCCUCAUCGCUAGUCAAUAUUCGUGCAGCGCCAUCAUCGUCCCGACAACAGGAGAGCCUCAUCAUGUUUCCUUGCCGUCCGUUACUCUCACAGAUCUGAAUAAUCUCAAGGAUCGCUUCGCUAGGGCGAUACGACACGCAUCUAUCAUGGGCCCAAAAGUGCCACGUAACGAUCUAAUAGUCCUCUUGCGGACAGUAUGGAACGAGAUCAUGCUACCCAUUGUCCAUGUCCUCCAGCAUGUCCUGAAAUUAAAAUUCCUCUCUCGAAUCUGGCUGUGUCCAACUGCAGCUUUCACAUCUAUUCCUCUGCACGCAGCUCACCCCUUUCUAACAAAGGCGGAUGGUUCUAAGGAGCCAUGCCUGGAGGAUCUCUUUAUCUGCUCUUACACGCCAACACUUUCAGCUCUAGUCAGAUCUAGACGGAUGAUGAAGAGUCGUGUCGCUCCAUCCUUUGCGACAAUCGGACAAGGUCAACCGGGUGCAGGGAAAGGCAAGGCACUCUUGGCUGUCGACAACGAGGUCGAGCUUGUCCGAAAGCUCGUCCCUGCGACGGCCAACCGGACCACUAUUUCUGGGGAUGCAGCCACACGAGCAGGUGCACUGCAAGCUUUGGAAGAGAACACCUGGGUGCACCUUGCCUGUCAUGGCAAGCAGGACCCUACGCAGCCUUACGAUUCGCAUUUCGUCAUGAGAGAUGGACCUCUGACGCUGCUUGAUAUCAUGGAGAAAGACAUUCCGCACGCAGAGUUCGCGUUCUUAUCCGCUUGUCACACCGCUGUUGGCGAUAAGGAGACGCCCGACGAAGUGAUUCACCUCGCAGCUGGUCUCCAGUUUUCAGGGUUCAAGAGCGUCGUUGGCACGCUGUGGGAGGUCGACGACUCUGUCGCAAAACAUGUCGUCGAGGCUUUCUACAAGAAUAUGUUCAAGGAUUUGGAGGAUGGUGGCGAGAUGGACUGUACGAAGGCAGCAUGGGCACUCAAUCGUGCUACACAUGCCGUGAAGACGAAAGUACCGCUCGAGCAGAGGAUGGUUUUCGUUCAUAUUGGUGUGUAGUUCUGUCUCGAAUAGCUUUCAUUCUAGGCUCUAGUACGAAUUGUUGUUGAUAUUUCGUCUCGUUGGUGUACUUAUUGUAAGAUUGCCCUGAUACUUGCUUCGCAUCGAUAUCUCCUCGUGUAAUUGUGUACUCUUAGAAUAGUCUUUCGAAACUUCACUCAUCGUUCACAGGAUUAGGUUCAGGUUCCUCCAGUGGCGAGAACAAAUCUUAUAUUUGGU